AUGGCGAGCCUCAAGUAUGCGUGGCUCGCUGAUCCAGACCCUGUUUGGCUGCCCCUCAAGCAGGCUUGUGACGAGCAAUUCAGCGCGUUCUAUGCUUUACCGAUAGAGAAACAGCAUGAGACUUGGGCGAGCUAUCCACACCCUGUCCCGGAUGGGACGCCUGUGGAUUUGGAAGUGUCAUAUGACCAAGUCCCGGUAAGAGAUGGUGCGAACGUGGGCAUCAAGAUCUACCGGAAUACCGAAAAGCUGGAGGCUAUGGGCAAGGACAAGGCGCCCCUCGUUCUAGUAGCACACGGAGGUGGCUGGGUUCUUGGAAACCACGACGUCGAGGAAGGCGUUUGUCGUUGGAUCGCAAAGGAGACUGGUGCAGUUGUUGUAGAUGUGGAUUACAGACUGGCUCCUGCAUAUCGAUAUCCCCAUGCCAUAAACGACUUCUAUGAUGUGUUCAAAUGGUGCAAGGACAAUGCAAAUUCUCUGGGGAUCGACCCUUCUCUGAUUAUUUCCAAUGGUAGCUCUGCCGGAGCCAACUUAGCUGCUGUGCUUCCCAUAAUGGCAAGAGACCGCAAGGAGAAAGGGAUCAUAGGCCAAGUAUUGAAUGGCCCAGUUGUGUGUCAUCCAAAGUACUUUCCAAAGGAUAAGUAUGAGUACACGAGCUGGGAACAGAACAAAAACGCCUCGAUCCUAGGUAAAGAUCACAUGUUACGAUGCUGGGAAACCUACUACCCUGACACUGGGCCUGACGUGUACGCGAAUCCCUUCUUGGUAGAGACCAUGGAAGGUCUACCACCUGCUUGGAUGGAUCCGCUUCGAGACGAGGCAUUUGCCUACGCAGAAAGAUUGAAGGAAGCCGGGUACGUGAGAUGA